AUGGGCUCCACACCUGCCUCUACUCUUCCUGCUGAUUUCCUCUGGGGAUUUGCAACCGCUAGUUACCAGAUCGAGGGAGCUGUGGAGGAAGACGGACGUGGCCCAUCCAUCUGGGAUACCUUUUGCAAAAUCCCCGGUAAAAUCGCUGAUGGAUCCUCUGGUGUCGUGGCGUGCGACUCUUACCACCGCACCCAGGAGGAUAUUGCUCUGCUGAAGGGGUGCGGUGCGCAGGCGUACCGUUUCUCGAUCUCUUGGUCGCGUAUCAUCCCCAAGGGUGGCCGCAACGACCCUGUCAACGAAAACGGUAUCCAGCACUAUGUGAAAUUUGUCGAUGACCUGCUCGCCGCCGGCAUCACCCCCCUCGUCACCCUCUACCAUUGGGAUCUCCCCGAUGAGCUCGACAAGCGCUAUGGUGGCCUCUUGAAUAAGGAAGAGUUCGUUGCCGAUUUUGCUAACUACGCCCGCAUCAUGUUCAAUGCCUUCGGCUCCAAAGUGAAGUACUGGAUUACUUUCAACGAGCCCUGGUGCAGCAGUGUCCUCGGCUAUAACGUCGGUCAGUUUGCUCCUGGCAGGACCAGUGAUCGUUCCAAGAGCCCCGUGGGUGAUGGCUCGCGCGAGCCCUGGAUCGUCGGCCACAAUCUCCUUGUCGCUCACGGCGCGGCGGUCAAGAUCUACCGGGAGGAGUUCAAGGCCAGAGAUGGGGGGGAGAUCGGUAUCACACUCAACGGUGACUGGGCAGAGCCUUGGGACCCGGAGAACUCCGCGGACGUCGAGGCCUGCGACCGCAAGAUUGAAUUCGCCAUCUCCUGGUUCGCCGACCCCAUCUACCACGGCAAGUACCCCGACAGCAUGAUCAAGCAGCUGGGCGACCGCCUGCCCACAUGGACGCCCGAGGACCUCGCGCUCGUCCACGGCAGCAACGACUUCUACGGCAUGAACCACUACUGCGCCAACUACAUCAAGGCUAAGACGGGCGAGCCCGACCCGAACGACGUGGCCGGCAACCUCGAGAUCCUGCUCAAGAACAAGAACGACGAGUGGAUCGGCCCCGAGACCCAGUCGCCCUGGCUGCGGCCCCAGGCCCUCGGCUUCCGCAAGCUGCUCAAGUGGCUCAGCGACCGCUACAACCAGCCCAAGAUUUACGUCACCGAAAACGGCACCAGUCUCAAGGGCGAGAACGACCUGCCCGUCGACAAGCUGCUGGACGACGAGUUCCGCGUGCAGUACUUCCGCGACUACAUCGGCGCCAUGGCCGACGCGUAUACCCUGGAUGGUGUCAAUGUCCGGGCCUACAUGGCCUGGAGUUUGAUGGACAACUUCGAAUGGGCCGAAGGCUAUGAGACCCGCUUCGGCGUCACCUACGUCGACUACGAGAACGACCAGAAGAGAAUGCCCAAGAAGAGCGCCAGGCUCAUCGGCGACAUCUUCAACCAGUACAUCGAGAAGGCGUAG